AAGCCCGGUGGUUUGCUCAAAUGGGGAAGAAGAACUCAACUCUUUCUCCUUCACUGUUUCUUCACUCUCUCUCUUAUCUUCUUCCAUCAUCACGACUUGAACUACUCCUACUACUUAACCCUUAACCCCACUUUGGAAACAUCAUCAAUUUCCCACUUCAUAUAUUCAAUCUUUUCCUUCCAUUUCUGAUUACUCCCUUACCCGCCAAACACACCCCACAACCCUAACUCACUCUCAUCUCUCAUACUCUGAGUUGAUAAGCCAACCUUCUGGAUCAAGGAGCUGUGUGUAAAGCUUAAUUCUUGCAAGUCUACUCCAGAACCCAAUUCCAGCUUGAAAGUAAUUUCUAGCAAGGGAACUGAUCCCAUCAAGUUUUGUUGCUCAGAUCUGUGAGCUUUGGAUAGUUAAAAUCUCAUUUGCUCAUGAAUCUGCAGACAAACAAUCACACUGCUCCAAGCUUGGCCUGUACUCUUUAAGUUAUACCAAAUCAGAGAGAGCUUGACACCUGUACCAAAUCAAAAACACCCAACAUUGUUCAAGGGCUGAGCUAGGCAAGGUCUGAGACUAGAGAUGUUGAAGUUGCAGGCUUUGCUUUUGGUGAAAGCGCUUAUGCAAAAAGCUUAAACGAGAGACGGAAGGCUAGGCCUCCUGACUUGGACUGUGAUAUAUCACAGCGUAAAAAAAGGCCUUUUUAUCACUACACAGCCAAAGUAGCCUCUCUGAAUUAUCGUCAUCAAUGCAUAUGACACAGUAACCCCACCUGCGCUACUCUCUCUGCUACCUCCUCUGUACUCUCCCUAAUCACCUCCCCCCUCUAAUUAUCAAAGCUUCAACCCUUCUCUCUCUCUCUCUCUCUCUCUCUCUCUCUCUCUCUCGCCUAACCAAAGCAAAACCCAAUUCGGAGAGGCGUGUUUUUUUGAUUGAAUUGGAUGAGUGUUGAGGCAUGAAAGUGAUGCUAUGGAGGUGGAUGACAUUCAAGCUCAGCAGCCCUGCAAGUACCCAAGAAUUGGAAAUGGCGGUAGAGGAAGCAGCACUGUAGUGUCCAAGAACCCUGAUGAGGAGGCCGACACCGCCGGCCGGGAGCUCAAGAGAGCCAGCACUGGCGGAGACGCACCCGGGACUAAUCGGCUUAAUGGUUGGCACCACUCUCGGAUCAUCAGAGUCUCGAGAGCCUCCGGCGGCAAGGAUCGGCACAGCAAGGUGUGGACUUCGAAAGGACUGAGGGACCGGAGGGUCAGGUUGUCUGUUACAACGGCUAUUCAGUUCUACGAUCUUCAAGAUCGGUUGGGUUACGACCAACCCAGUAAGGCAGUGGAGUGGCUGAUCAAAGCCGCUGCUGACGCCAUUUCCGAGCUUCCUUCGCUGAACAGCUCGUUUCCUGACACUCCCAAGCAGCUCAGUGAUGAGAAGAGGGGAAGCAGCGAGCAUGGAUUCGACUCUGUUGAGCUGGAUGCUGAAGGUGAUCCCAACUACCACCACCAAAUGCAGAACCAGACACAACACCAGCUUUGUAUGUCGAAAUCGGCUUGCAGUAGUAACUCGGAGACAAGUAAAGGUUCUGGGCUGUCUCUGUCGCGGUCGGAGAUGAGAGUGAACAGAGUGAAAGCCCGGGAGCGAGCUCGGGAGAGAGCAGCUAAGGAGAAGGAGAAAGACACCAACAAUAAUAACGACGAGUCUUCCCGCAUUGCGCAGGCUAUUUCUCAGAAUGCGUCGUUUACUGAGCUUCUCACCGGCGGGAUCGGCGGACAUGGAAACAACAGUAAUAACAGUUCCAGUCAUCAUCAGCAGAACUCCGGUAGCAACAACGGCGAGCCUAUUUUGUUCCACAAGGCAGGACCGGGGAUAGAUUAUUUUGCUUCUGGUCUUCUCGGACUUUCGUCCAAUCCGGCCCGAAACCACCAGCACUUCUCCGGGCAAGUCCACCUGGGGAACUCCCUGCCGCAGACAAUGUUCAGCAUCUCUGGUGACCAUGGUCACAGCAGCCACCACCCGGAGAUGCAGCAUUUCUUUGUUCCUGACUACAUCCCUGUCUCGGCGGCAGCGGCCAACGGCGGUGGAGACUACAACCUCAACUUCUCGAUGUCUUCUUCCGGCGGCCUUGCUGGCUUCAAUAGGGGGACCCUUCAGUCCAAUUCAUCAUCAUCACCUUCUCUUUUGCCUCACCUCCAGAGGUUCUCUCCUUUAGACGGAUCGUCCAAUGUACCUUUCUACAUCGGAGCCGCCCCAGCUCCAACCAUGGAGAAUCAUCACCACUAUCCCCAGCACCAACACCACCAGUUCCCAGCUGGAUUGCAGCUCUGCGGUGACGGAAGCCGGCAUUCAGACCACAAGGGAAAAGCAAAGAACUGAUCUUUUUCCGAAAACUGAAGCGAAAGAAGUAAUAUCGAGCUGCAAGUCAAUGCAUGCUUCCUUCAUCGGAUGAAAAAUUACUAUAGUGCUGAAGUUGGUGGUAUUUCUAGUUUAACCAGUUUGAAGUCAUUCAGCUUGCAUUCCUUCAUUCAGAGAAAUGUUUACAUUUAUUAUUUAUCUCUGUGUCUGUUUUGGAGAUGUACCUGACAAUUCAAUUGAAGUUAUUCUUUUCUCCCUUCCUCAUCCCAAGAGUUCUUAAAUGUCUAUACAAUCAUUUAAGAGAAGUGAUCUUGUGAAAUGUAGUACUUGGUUUCUGAAUUAUCUAUCAGGUUCUAGAAAUCCAAUUC